AUGGGGAGAGCACCGUGUUGUGAUAAGAAGGGGUUGAAGAAAGGGCCAUGGACUCCCGAGGAAGACGAGAAAUUGGUUGAGUACAUCAACAAGAAUGGCCAUGGCAGCUGGCGUUCUCUCCCCAAGCUCGCAGGUCUUCUACGGUGUGGGAAGAGUUGCAGGCUACGAUGGACAAACUAUCUUAGGCCAGACAUUAAACGAGGUCCAUUUAGUCCUGAAGAAGAGAAGCUUGUCAUACAACUCCAUGGCAUUCUUGGAAACAGAUGGGCUGCCAUUGCUGCUCAACUACACGGAAGGACAGACAAUGAAAUCAAGAACUUGUGGAACACCCAUCUGAAGAAGCGUCUCGUUCAGAUGGGCAUUGAUCCCCAGACUCACGAGCCUUCUUCAACCUCUAAUGGUUUUCUCAAACAACUCCCUGCAUCUUCUUCUACUCGUCACAUGGCACAAUGGGAGAGUGCUAGGCUUGAAGCUGAAGCUCGCCUUUCAAAGGAAUCACUACUCUAUAUCCCCAUGUCUGUGGGGAAAUCUGAUCCUGAUUUUUUCCUGCGCCUGUGGAAUUCCAAGGUGGGUGAUGCAUUUCGAAAGUUUGACAAGGGGGAAGAGAAAACUACUUCUCAGAGUGCAGUCUCGUCUUCAUCAACGAAGUGUGAAUCAAUUUCAGGUUCUAAAACAGAAAUGGCACUUACUGCAGCAGGUUCUUCGGCUGCAUGGAGCUAUCAAGAUGAUGAUACAGACUGCAAAUCGUACACCGAAUAUGUCGUCCCACCAUCAGAUUCAUCUUGCUCUAAUGAAUUGGAAGAUUCAUCUGAAUCUGCAUUGCAACUACUUUUAGACUUCCCUAACAACAAUGACAUGAGCUUCUUGGGACAUACCAAUAACUCUAGCUCUAUAUCUUUUAACUUUUACUAG